AUCACGGCAGAGAUGGCCGCGUUCCUGCAGAAGCUGCGGGAGAAGGUGAAAGUUGGAGUGUGCGGCUCGGACUUUGAGAAGAUUAAGGAGCAGCUCGGCGAUGACGUGGUUGAAAAAUUUGACUACGUUUUUCCAGAAAAUGGUCUUGUAGCAUACAAAGAUGGGAAGUUCUUGAGCAAGCAGAGCAUUCAGGGUCACCUGGGUGAGGACUUACUUCAGGAUCUCAUCAACUACUGCCUGAGUUACAUUGCGAAGAUUAAAUUGCCCAAGAAAAGGGGCACUUUCAUUGAGUUCCGAAAUGGGAUGAUAAAUGUGUCCCCCAUUGGAAGAAGCUGCAGCCAGGAAGAACGAGUUGAGUUCUAUGAACUUGAUAAAAAGGAACAUAUAAGAGAGAAAUUUGUAGCUGAUUUACAAAGAGAAUUUGCAGGAAAAGGCCUCACGUUUUCUAUAGGUGGCCAGAUAAGCUUCGAUGUGUUCCCAGAUGGCUGGGAUAAGAGGUACUGCCUGGGAAUCAUUGCCAGUGAUGGAUACAAGACUGUUUACUUCUUUGGAGAUAAGACCAUGCCAGGAGGGAAUGACUAUGAGAUUUUCACAGACUCCAGAACAGAAGGCCACAGCGUCACAUCCCCACAGGAUACAAGGAGAAUCUGUGAAGAGCUGUUUUUUAAAUGA